AUGGCACCCCGGAAGUCCUUGUUAGGACCGACGCUGAAGGCGUUGACCGUUAAAUACCAAGAGUUACAAGCAGCGCUCAAUGACAUCUUCAAAUUUGCUGAUAAAUUUAAGGCGGAAACAACCGCUUCCCAGGUGAGUGUGCGCUUGGAAAGUCUCAACAAGCUGUGGGAUGUUUUGUGCACUACCUUGGUGGAAAUCAAAUCUCACAAAGACUACAACCCUGAGGAUGACCCUACCUACAAAAAGGACCGCGAAACGUUGACUGAAGGCUAUUACCGAGUAAAAUCCCUUCUACUGGACAAGCUGAAGGAACGACAGGAAGUUCCAUGUGAACCGACCCACAACGACACGAUUGUUGGGGGGACUGAUCACGCCCGUUUGCCUCAGAUCAAGCUUCCUAUGUUCAAGGGGAACAUCGACGAGUGGCUGAGUUUUCGUGACCUGUUCCUCUCACUCAUCCACUGGAAGUCUGACCUACCGGAUGUGGAAAAGUUCCACUACCUAAAAAAUUGUCUUGACGACAAACCCAAGAGGAUCAUUAGUGGACUUUCAACCACGUCGGUCAACUACAAGCUGGCAUGGGAUCGUUUGCAGAGGUACUACAACAACCACAAGGUACUUAAGCAGCGACUGGUGCAAUCGUUGUUUACCCUUCCAACCCUCGCCGAGGAAUCUGCCACCGAUCUGCAUUCCCUCGUUGACGAGUUCGAGCGUGUUCUGAACACCCUCGAUCAGGUGGUCUCACCCGUUGACUACAAGGAUCUUCUGCUGGUUAAUUUACUCGUUACGCGUCUGGAUCCUGUUACGCGUCGCGCAUGGGAGGAAGUAUCUACGGCGAAAGAUUUGGUUAGAGAUUCGCUAGGUGAUUUUGCGGAUGAUUCAAGGGAGGAAUCUGCUAACGACACGACGAAGGACACGUUGAAGGACUUGUGCGAUUUCCUAAACCGACGCAUUCGAGUUCUGGAGAGUUUGCCACCGAAAACUGUGAACAGUCGGGCUGUUCAACACCAACAACAACAGUACGUUCCCAAAUCCAAGGCAAAAAAGGUUAGCUACAGUACGGUGCAACAUGCUGGCUACUCGUGCGUGGCUUGUAAGGACAACCACUUACUCUACCAGUGUUCUGCAUUCCAACGGUUGACGGUGUCGGAGAGGGACGCAUUACUCAAGACGCAUUCCCUCUGUCGCAACUGCUUCAGAACUGGUCACCAAGCCAAAAACUGCACGUCCAAGUACAGUUGCAGGAACUGCAAGGGUCGACACCAUACUUUGGUAUGUUUUCAACAACAACCGGAAAGGGACAACGCGGUGACGGCACUCGCGGUUGCAGGGAGCAACAACCCUUCCAACUCCAAGGAAACCCAAGGUCCGACUACAUCCCACGUGGCAAACAUGGCAGCCACGAACCCAUCCGUAUCAGGCGCAGCAACCCAAGCUGCAUCCCAAGUGCUGUUGGCUACAGCAGUGGUCAUUGUCGAGGACGACGAUGGCAAUCGGUACCCUGCUCGCGCACUACUCGACUCGGGGUCGGAGAGUAACUUCAUAUCAGAGCGACUGGCGCAGCUGAUGAAGGUCACGCGAGAAAAGGUGGACAUUUCCGUGCUAGGAAUCGGUCAAUCUGGCACAAGGGUUAAGCACAAGAUUCACGCAACGGUUACGGUCAAUCUGCCAACAACAACAAUCGCAACAAAUGGAUGGUCGAUUCCGGACGGAAUUGAAUUGGCAGAUCCAGCAUUCUUCCAGUCCAAGAAGGUGGACAUCGUCCUUGGCAUUGAAUGCUUUUUCGAGUUCUUUGAAACCGGUCGAAGAAUUCCCCUGGGAGACAAUCUACCAGCGCUGAACGAGUCGGUGUUCGGCUGGGUGGUAUCCGGUGGUCUCUCGGUUCCAUGCAACUCCACGCAGGUGAAGUGCAACGUGUCAACCUCAGAGAAGAUGGAAACUCUGAUGGCACGGUUCUGGUCGGCUGAAGACGUCGGUUUGGACGACGCGUUCUCUCCCGCUGAAAGACGCUGCGAAGAGAACUUCCAACACACGGUUCAACGGUUAUCCGACGGUCGGUAUUCCGUUUCCAUGCCCAAGGUCGAAGGUGGAAUCUCCAGAUUGGGCGAAUCCAAGGAAAUUGCGUUGCGACGGUUGCACGCAACCGAGCGCAGACUGGCAAGGGACGCCAAUUUGCGGAAACAGUAUACAGAUUUCAUGGACGAAUAUCUGGAACUGGGUCACAUGUCCAAGGUCGAAGCAACAACUCCAACCCAGGUCAACCGGUGUUUUCUACCGCACCAUCCGGUGGUCAAGGAGGCCAGUAUCACCACCAAAUGCAGAGUUGUUUUCGACGCUUCUUGCAAAACAUCUUCUGGAGUCGCGCUGAACGAUGUGUUGCUGGCAGGGCCGGUAAUCCAAGAAGAUUUGCGCUCUAUCAUUCUGCGGAGUCGGAUCAAGCCGGUUAUGCUUGUGUCUGACGUAGAGAAGAUGUUCCGUCAGAUCAUGGUCCACCCAGAGGAACGGCCAUUGCAAUCCAUUCUGUGGCGUUUUUCUCCGGACGAGGAAGUUGGCAUCUACGAGCUGAAAACCGUCACUUACGGCACAAAGCCUGCUCCAUUCCUCGCAACCAGAACGCUAAAACAACUAGCGACGGAUGAUGGACCUCGAUUUCCGCUUGCUGCACGGGCAGUCAACCAAGACACCUACAUGGAUGACGUCAUCACCGGAGCUGAGGACGUCCAGUCAGCAAUCGAACUUCGGAAGCAGCUAGACGAGAUGAUGCUACGAGGCGGUUUCAAGCUUAGGAAAUGGGCAUCAAAUCGACAGGAAGUGCUAGCUGGGAUUGCUGAGGAAAACCUAGCGAUUAGCAUGGAGGAAAUCAACCUUGACACGGACCCUGGAGUGAAAACUCUUGGUCUCACAUGGAUGCCGAAAACGGACACGCUAAAGUUCCAGUUCAACAUUCCCGAUUUGGGCAAGGUUCCUGAGCUCACCAAACGCUUCAUUUUGUCAACAAUUGCCAUUCUUUUUGACCCUCUUGGACUGCUAGGACCGGUCAUCGUAACGGCCAAGAUUUUCAUGCAAUCUCUGUGGACGUUGCUGAACCCGAACGGAGAACGUUUGGAUUGGGAUGAGGCGGUACCUGAAAUGGUGGGUGAGGUCUGGAGGAGAUUUCAUUCACAGCUCGCUUUGCUCAAUGAACUUCGCAUCACUCGUUGCGUCAUCUGCCCUGAAGUGUUCAAGAUGGAAUUGCACUUCUUUUCUGACGCAUCUGAGAAGGCCUUUGGAAGCGGUGCGUAUUUGAAAAGCGAAGAUCCAAAGGGCAGGAUAUCCGUGAACUUGCUCACAUCCAAAACCAAGGUGGCACCGUUGAAGAGCCAAGCGAUGCCAAGAUUGGAACUUCGCGGUGGCGUUUUGUCUGCUGAACUCUACGUGCAAAUUCUGCAAUCGCUGAAGAUCAAAAUUCCAACCUUUUUCUGGGUCGACGCCAUGUGCGUGUUGUACUGGCUACAAUCACCACCAUCAACAUGGGUCACAUUCGUCGCCAAUAGGGUGGCCAAGAUUCAAGCUCUCACGGAAGGCUGUGUCUGGGGACACGUGCCUGGAGUUGAAAACCCCGCAGAUUUCCUGUCACGUGGAGUCAUGCCAGCAGAUCUCAUCGAUUUGGUACCAUUCUGGAAGCCAGGCUGGGUGAAAAAGACGAAUGAGCAACGUCAACCACAACCGAAGAUCGUGACGACGGAAGAAGCAGAAGAAGAGCGAAGAAACACUGCGGCAUCGGUAGCUGCAGCAACUACGGCUGAGUUCAACGUUUGGUUCAUCUCUCACUUUUCUUCGUAUCCCGAUCUGGUCAGGCGUACGGCGUAUUGGCUACGCUUGAAGGAUCUGCUUCGCAUGCCCAAGGAAAAGCGGUUCAAAUCGGACUUGUUGACGGUUGCGGAGCUGAAAGAAGCAGAGUUCGCAUUAGUAAGGCUCGUUCAGAAGCAAGUUUUCGCUGAUGAAUGGAACAAACUAACCAAGGGAAAACCAGUUGCGAACAGUUCACCACUGCGGUGGUUCAACCCGUACAUUUCCGAUGAACAGCUCAUUAGAACGAUGCAGCGCAUGCUGCAAGAUUUCUGGACUCGAUGGCGGAGGGAGUAUUUGUGCCAGCUACAGGGACGGGUCAAGCGCUGGAAGCCACCAAUACAGAUCGAGAUCGAAACUGGUCAUUUCUGGGUGGGUGAGAUGUUGGAGUGGUCACGAUUAACAACCCUGCAUCUACUGUCGGGUCACCACUGUCGGGUCAACUGUGACCAUCCAACGCGAGUGACCACUCUUAUCACGGCUGCACGCGACCUACAGCAGCUGAUCGCGGUGAUCCUCUCGCGAGAUGGACGAUCGUGA